GAUGUGUCUCACCUCAGCCAGUGUCUCACCUCAGCCAUUGAAGAGCAGUCCUCACAGACGUCCUGCAGACCAGUCACACAGGAGUGCCAAGAAGGCGGAUUUCACUUAGAAGGAAGAAAAGUCUCUAACGGCAUUGAACCGUCGGCUCAGAGUCAUCAGUGUUGAGUUUGGGUCUAGAACCCAAAUCACUGCUGCGUCCUCCCGAUGGCUGCUCCGACCUGCACCCGGUUCACCGACGAGCACCAGCUGUACGAAGAGCUUGGGAAGGGGGCCUUCUCAGUGGUCAGGCGCUGCAUGAAGAUCUCCAGCGGGCAGGAGUACGCCGCAAAGAUCAUCAACACCAAGAAGCUGUCUGCCAGGGAUCACCAGAAGCUUGAGAGAGAGGCCCGGAUCUGCCGCCUUCUGAAACACGCCAACAUCGUAAGACUCCACGACAGCAUAUCAGAGGAGGGCUUCCACUACCUGAUCUUUGAUUUAGUUACCGGAGGUGAGCUGUUUGAAGACAUCGUUGCUAGGGAGUACUACAGCGAAGCAGAUGCCAGCCACUGCAUCCAGCAGAUCCUGGAGGCCGUGCUGCACUGCCACCAGAUGGGCGUGGUCCACCGAGACCUUAAGCCGGAGAACCUGCUCCUGGCCAGCAAGCUGAAGGGAGCGGCGGUGAAACUGGCCGACUUCGGCCUGGCCAUCGAGGUGCAGAGCGAGCAGCAGGCCUGGUUCGGGUUUGCUGGCACACCCGGGUAUCUUUCCCCAGAGGUGCUGAGGAAAGAUCCGUACGGGAAACCAGUGGACAUGUGGGCCUGCGGGGUGAUCCUGUACAUUCUGCUGGUUGGCUACCCCCCCUUCUGGGAUGAGGAUCAGCACAGACUCUACCAGCAGAUCAAGGCUGGAGCGUAUGAUUUCCCCUCUCCUGAGUGGGACACGGUGACCCCGGAGGCGAAGGAUCUGAUCAACAAGCUGCUGACCAUCAACCCGGGGAAGCGCGUCUGCGCCACGGACGCACUCAAACACCCCUGGAUCUGUCAACGCUCCACGGUGGCCUCCAUGAUGCACCGACAGGAGACCGUCGAAUGCCUGAAGAAGUUCAACGCCCGGAGAAAACUGAAGGGUGCCAUCCUGACCACCAUGUUGGCCACACGGAGCUUCCCAGCUACCAAGACCCUCCUGAACAAGAAGGCAGAGGGUGUCAAGGAGCCCCUAACCACCGUCAUCCAGCAGCCAGCUGACGGAGUCAAGGAGUCCAGUGAGAGCAGCAACACCACCCUGGAAGAUGAGGAUGUGAAAGCUCAUAAGCAGGAGAUCAUCAAAGCCACGGAGCAGCUGAUCGAGGCCAUUAACAACGGAGACUUUGAGGCGUACACAAAGAUCUGCGACCCGGGUCUGACUUCCUUUGAGCCGGAGGCCCUCGGGAACCUGGUGGAGGGAACCGACUUCCACCGCUUCUACUUUGAAAACGCUCUCUCCAAGGCCAGGAGCCCGGUCCACACCAUCCUGCUGAACCCCCACGUCCACCUGAUGGGGGAGGACGCCGCCUGCAUCGCCUACGUCCGCCUCACGCAGCACCUGGACCGGGGGGGCGUGCCGCGCACGGCGCAGGCCGAGGAGACGCGCGUCUGGCAGCGGCGCGACGGCCAGUGGCACAACAUCCACUUCCACCGCUCCGGGGCGCCCACCCUGCCCGCCCAGUGAGGUACUGGUCUGCACUCACACCAGUAACCAGUACCAAUACCAAUACCAGUACCGUUCUCCUCCUACACCCUGCCCGCCCAGUGAGUGGAGCAGGCGGUCGUCUCCACCUUCUAGCUGCCCUUUGGCCCGCCCCCCGGCUUGGCCCCACCUCCCACCUUGCCCCCAGCCCUGAGUGUUGUUGCCAUGGCGCUGGGCGGGUCUGUGUAGGAGCCUUGUAGGCGCUAGCAGGUUAUCUUUUUGUGGGGCUUUUUCUCAUCCCAGGACGUUAGGAAGAGUUUCAACAACUUGUUUUUUCAUGAAGUUUAGACGGUUUUCAAAUAGGCAGGGGAUAUCAAUCUGUUGGAGGUGUUUUAAACUUGAUGUAGAUCGUUUUUUGUGACAUUAUUAUAUAUUACCAAGUAAGAACUCAUUGCUACACAUGUUCUUGCUGUGGGUUUGCCUUUUCACCAUAAAGACCAAUAUAAGGUUUACCUUAAGGUUCAAAUAUCUAGUUUACUACACAAGAGUUGAGGAAGUUUGUUACACUUUGUUGUUGUAGUGAUUAGUCUCCGGCUCGCCAUGUGGGGAUUAGAUCUUUAAAGACGUAGCUCUGGAUUCUACUAUUCAUGUCUGCAUGGUCAUGGAAAUAUCUGGAUCGAGAUCUUUUGAUGAUUAGAAGAUAAGAAACAUUAUCGAUACGUUCUUAUGUUCGAAGGCCAUCAGUCGAGUGGUGGAUCUUUGAAAAUAGCCAAUCAUAUUUCCAUAAGAAGCCAAGUGUGUGAAUUGAGUUUUUGUUGACUUUUAUAUCGUGAUUUAAAUGCAGUAGAAUGUCUAAAGGCCAAACCUGUGCGUGUGUGUGUGUGUGUGAUGCGUGCGUGCGUCCCUCGUUAUUUUGUAUGAUCCAGUUAAUUUCGAGUUGGAAUUAAACUUUAGGGUUAGUUUAGUGUCUGGACGGCGACCUUCGACCCCACGGUGACCUUCAACCCCACGCCCCUUCCCGUGGACGGUGACCUUCGACCCCACGUCCCUUCCCGUGGACGGUGACCUUCGACCCCAUGCCCUACAUGUGUAUUGUUGGACUGAUCGAUGUUUAAGACGUAUUCAAUAAAAAGUGUGAUUUA